CGGUGAGGUGGCAGGCAGCACUGCCGCCCUGCCUGCCCCUUGUCUGUCCUGCUGCCCGCUGCCCCACCACCGGCACCCGUGUCCCACCAAGGAUGGAGGCCAUCAAGAAGAAGAUGCAGAUGCUGAAGCUGGACAAGGAGAACGCCCUGGACCGAGCGGAGCAGGCAGAGGCUGAGCAGAAACAGGCGGAGGAACGGAGCAAACAGCUGGAGGAUGAGCUCGCUGCCAUGCAGAAGAAGCUGAAGGGGACAGAGGACGAGCUGGACAAAUACUCCGAGGCCCUGAAAGAUGCCCAGGAGAAGCUGGAGCUGGCGGAGAAGAAGGCGGCGGAUGCUGAGGCAGAAGUGGCAUCUCUGAAUCGCCGUAUCCAGCUGGUAGAGGAGGAGUUAGACCGAGCCCAGGAGCGCCUUGCCACAGCUCUGCAGAAGCUGGAAGAGGCAGAAAAGGCUGCAGAUGAAAGUGAAAGAGGCAUGAAAGUCAUUGAGAACAGAGCUCUGAAGGAUGAGGAGAAGAUGGAACUGCAGGAGAUCCAGCUCAAGGAAGCCAAGCACAUCGCAGAGGAGGCGGACAGGAAGUAUGAGGAGGUUGCUCGGAAACUGGUGAUCAUAGAAGGAGAUCUGGAGCGUACUGAAGAGAGAGCUGAGCUUGCAGAGUCUAAAUGUUCCGAGCUGGAAGAAGAGCUGAAGAAUGUCACCAACAAUCUCAAGUCUCUUGAGGCUCAGGCUGAGAAGUACUCUCAAAAAGAGGAUAAAUAUGAAGAAGAGAUCAAGAUCCUGACUGAUAAACUCAAAGAGGCGGAGACCCGUGCUGAAUUUGCUGAACGAUCUGUAGCCAAGCUGGAGAAGACAAUUGAUGAUUUGGAAGAUGAGCUCUAUGCCCAGAAACUGAAGUACAAAGCAAUUAGUGAGGAACUGGACCACGCCCUGAAUGACAUGACUUCCAUUGCCCGAAGAGCCCUUCAUGAACAGAGUUUUGAUGAAAUGGGACACCUCCCGUGGUUUCCUCAGAGCGCCUGUACAGCCAGCUUGAGAAAAACCGCCUGCUCUCUAACGAGCUGAAGUUAACGCUGCAUGAUCUGUGUGACUGAGAAGGGGGCCCACUAAUGCCAUUAAACAAGCUUAUUGCGACCACCAAUGCUGUGGACCACAGUGAAAUCUGAUCAUUCUUAAGACUGGCAGACUUGCAAAUUUUAUGCAAUUGCUGCUAUUUAAUGGGGCACUUGAAUUUAUCCUCUAAUUUAUUUAAGAGUUGGUUGGUUUUUUUUAUAAAGGUAACCUCUAUUCUUGGUGAAGUAACCCUCAGAGUUGGCUGUUUUUUGAGCAGUCUUGUUCACUUAUCCAGGGGGUCCUGCUUGGUUCCUCCAUGGAACCACAAUGGCUGUACCCACAAAGAGAGGGAGGGGUGGGCUGAAGUUAGGCUUAUGUCUGCUAGAAGAUGCCUAUGUCAAGUGCUACAACUUAAUUUACUGUUAGCUGAAUGACUAUAGGAUUUCUUGCUGCAUGGAACGAUGGCUUCUAACAAUAAAUGACUGACCUCGUGGUCUGUAAGACACUGCACACUGUAGUACUUUACUAUAUAGUUGAGUCCUAACCUAGAAGGUUUGGGGGAAUUGGUCAUUCCUGGGGCCUGACCCCAGUGCAGAGCCCCAGAAUGUGUUGGGAAAGCUCAUGGACAUCUUGAAGGCAAGUCCCAAAAUCCACAGCAUGAAGCUGUCUUGAGUGCCUGCAGGGAAUCUUUAAAUGCUGCGUUUGCUGGUGCUCUAGGAAAGCUGCUUGUGCAUAGUUUCUGACCCUGGGGAGGUUGGGGAGUGGCUUUGAGAAACUGCCUGUACCUAAAGGACAUCUUUCUACAGCCUGUCUGUCCAGUGUCCCAGCGUGUGGAUAUCUUCAGUGGUAAGGGUGGGCUCACCUUUGGAGUAAAGCCUACCUAGAGGGCUAGUUGCUGAUCUGAGCUCUCCUCCUGGCUUAAGGAACAAGUGAGAAUUGACUGUGUAGCUGCCUGUAGUCUUGGGCAGAGUUGCAGCACCCUUGCUCCUACUUGCUCCCUGCCUACCCCUCACUGAAAACAGCCUCUUCCUCUGCUGUCCUUGAGGCAUGUUUGUCUGCUCCCUGCUGCUAGGUAGUUAUGGUCUUUGUAAUGAGCUUGGUGUCUCUGUCCUGUGCUGGGGGAAGGGGGGCACAACCAGCUGUUAUCCAGGGGCUGAUUUUUUUUAAAGUGUGUUUUACCUCUGCAUUGCUCUUGGGUGGCUUGCUGGGCCACAGGGUGGGGUGUCUGCUGUGUGGAAGCGUUGAAGCCCUGGGAAAGCUAGCUAUGGUCAGAGGCACCUGCAUGCAAAACGCUGCCUAGAGCACUGGCUAAAAGUACAUCGUGACUAUGCCUACCAGAAGCACCGGCAAUGCGAGAGGCAAGGGCUACAACUGAGUCAGGUAACUUCAGAUCUUCUAGCUGCACCCAGCCAGGCACCCCCGGUCUGAGGACUUGCUGUGGCAGUGUGUUGGGAAGGGGCUAGCGCACGCUUUCUUUGGCAAAGGCUUCAUGGUUGUCUGAAGCUGACUUGUAACUCUUGAUUCUUGCUUCC